UUGUGAAAUAGGGUUGGCUAGAAUACACGUGUGUGUUGCAGUUGCUCUGUGCAGAGUUGAAUAGGGGCCAGCAGCGAGCUGGGAGCGGACAGGAGGGGGGAGGACUGACCAGCAUGGAGCUCCAGUCACCCCGAAAGAGCUGAGCAAACAGCCCAGCGCAGCUCAACUCUGAUCGGGGUGGAGGGAAAGAGAAAGAGGGACAAAAGUAGAAAAGAACAGAAGAGAAGGGAAGAGAAAGGAAGGAAAGGGAAGGUAACCCUGGAGUGUUUUGUAUGUAAGGACAGUGCAGUAACAAGAGUCAGGACAACAUGUCCAGUAGUAGCUCCAUGGGAGACCUGGUGCCCAGGGACAUCACUGAAGUCCUGGCUCGGCAGAGUAAGGUCAGCAAGAGCAAGAAGAAGCGUGGUUCAUCACUGGGACGGGCGUUCAGCUGGUUUAAGGGCAGUAAGCAAAAAAGGAGUGUCAGUAAUGGUCAAAGUCGAUCAGGGAGUCUGGCAGGACGGACCGGAGAGAGCACCACCGUCCGGCAGGGUCUAACCAAUCACGAGUCCUCCAAAGUUGGCCAGAAGCAAGAUGAGCAGAGGAAGCUGACGGUGCAUUACACAGCCUCUCAACACUACCAGGAGAAUGUGUUCAUCGAGGGCAGCAGACCAAAGUACCUGGAAGAUCUGCACACUGAAGCCCAGGAAGGACUGAAGAUACUACAGCAGGAGGAGCACAACAAUGGAGUGGACUUCAAGGAUGUCCAGACUGUCUCCUCAGAUACUACACAAGAAAAAGAUGUCAGUUUGCAGGAAAGAGAUGGAAGUUUGGAUUUGGACCCCACAGCAGACCACUCGUCAAACAUCACCUUAGUGUCCAGUAGACCUCCAGCGUCCUCACGUCCUGUGCUAACACGCCAAGGUUCAACAUUUAAACCCUUGAACACUGUGAAGAGGCCGGACAAGACCCGAAAAAGAACAAGAAGAACCACCAUUAUGGGCAUACCACAGCAUGUUCAGAGAGAGCUGUGUAUGGGGAGAGGAGGUCUACUGCAGCAGCUUCCAAAUGGUGAAGAUUCAGCUGGAACUGUCAUAAUCCCGACAAUUGACGGUGGAGCACCAAUAACGAAUCAUGAGGGAGCUUAUGUACAUUUGCAAGACAUUGAAGCCCUUCAAGCCUCCAGAGAUGAGCAACUUCUCAGGCACCACCUACAGGUCAUGUACGGAAAUGACUUGCCCCGUAUGUCACCUAUGCAAAGGCCCAAGUCCCUUGCUGUACCCGGGAUGACCACAAUGUCCUCCUUGUUGCAGGAACAAGGUCCCGUGAUGUCUAUUUCUCCACAGGCUACAUAUUUAUCCACCAUCAUCCCUAAUGCAGUGCUGCCUGCUGCGAUAGAUGUCAUAGAAAUUGACAGAAGCCACACCAGGCGAAGUGUGCGUACUGUGAGCAAGAGCAGCCUAGCAUCUGCAAGUCCUGGUUCUUCACGUUCAGGAGGUGGUAACCAUGAUGGACCAUCUUCAUACAGCUCUAAACGGAGCAAUUCACAAUCAUCUGAGACUCUCGUCUCCAACUCCUCAAGAGGAAAUAGAAUUCCAUCACAUGCAGCAGAGAGAAAGAAGGAAGAUUUAAAUCACGAUGAACAGAUAAGUGUUAAAAGCUCAUCCAGCUGCUUAAGUUCCAGCACAAAAGCCGCCAGCCAUAAACUGGAGCAAGGGGAACAAUCUGAACCUGGAGAAAGUGUCCAAAACAGUCAGUUUUCGCGUAGUCUUUCUAUAAUGAAAGCUAAACUACCACCAGCACCGCCAAGAAGGACAUACUCUUUGCACCAGGAAAAGAUGAAGCAAAGAUCAAAUAAAGUGGAUGACAAGAAAGAUUUGAAUGGUUUGCAAUCCAGUGAUGUGCAAAUGAGCGGAGAUGUCACUUCGACCAACCAUGAAACCAUCUCUACGAAUUCUCCAGUAACAACAUUUUUGGAUAACUCUCACUUAUCCCUCACCUUCAGUCCACACAGUCCUGAUCAAGAUUCCACUGAUGCACAAACUGGAUCAGGUAGCUCAUCCCCACAGAAUAAAUUUGAAAGGACAGUGUCACCUUCCAGUGGAUACUCAAGUCAAAGUGGCACACCAACUCAUUCCUCGAAAGAUUUCAAUCCCACCUCUCCUGGAAAGCACAAGAAAAAGCCCCCCAAACCAGAAAGGAUAGGUCCACGAACAUCUCCUGUGGUGUCAGUCUCCUCAUCAACAAACUCCCUUUCAUCAGCUGCAACAGAUCCGGCUCCAUUGUCUUCCCAAACCCAAACCACUCAAUUACAACCACCAAAGGUUUCCCCAACUGCCUUGGCAGAGUCGAACAAGGCAACUGGAUCGACAUCCCUCAGGGACUUGUUUAACAUUCCACCUCCACCUAGAGUCAAGGCUCCUUGUCCUCCACCCCCUGAAACCUGGGCACACAAUAAACGUACAGUUGAACUUUUGUGUGGCCCAAGUCCAUGUCCCAACAGGAUAUUCGGGCUCCAAAAACAACACAAAGACUCCUCUUUAGAAAAGAGAAAUCAGGACGCAACAAACUGCACUGACCAAACGUCUUUAGACAGAGAGAGAUCAGUAGAUAUUAAAACAACUGAGGAACCAGAAGAUUCAAAAGUUAAAGUUGUCACCACUGAAGUGAAGAACGAUGCAUCUAUAGUGGCUCUGGAUGGGAAUUUAGCCUUAGGGCUUUUGGAAAGUCCAAGCAAACAUGUAAAAGGAGAAGAAAGUUGUCUUGAGAAGGAAACUGUAAGUUGUGUAGCUAAGGGAAAAGAGCAGAACAUUUCAGAAAACCUAAAGGUUGAUCAGGAAAGUGGAGUAAAUUCAGAAAAAAUACUGGCACCAGCACAGCAACUGGAAAGUGAGAAGUAUGAGCAGAACACUAGCAGUUUGCUAGACAAUGAUGCUUUGACUCCAAAGACAGAGGAAAAUGGCACAGAGGACCAGUAUUCCAAAGUGAAACCCUGUACGGACAAGGGGAUUCCAACUCGUAGACACAAAGAGAAUGCUAGUAUAGAUGCCCCUAGAGUCAAUGGGCACUCUCCACCUCCCUCUCCACCUCCUACUUAUCAUCCUCCACCACCUCCUUCAAAAAGGUCCCCAGCCUCAUCAGUGUCCACACCUUUGCCCCAAGAAGAACUUCCUAAUGCAGAACUGGGUAUGGAAAAAGAAUACCCAGUUCUGGAGUGUGCUUGGCCUCCACCACCUCCACCAAUGGAUGUGUCAGCUGACUUGGUAUUUGAGGGACAGGAUGAGGUAGACUUUCCACCUCCUCCUCCACCACCUCCCAUGCAGGAAUUACUUUCAGACAUGCCAAAAAACAAUAUGGAGUCAACUGAACAGAGAGGCAUUCCAGCUACAGAGGAAUCUUCUGCAGUGCCAGACAUUGGCAGUCAGUCAGAGCAAGAUCAGAGCUCAACAGUGGUAGAGAAAACUUUCAAUGAACAACCAAGGGUUGAGGUGUCAGAAACCAAAUCAAAUGAUCAGUCACCUGUCAAACCACUGUUCUCUGAGAAUGCCCAACAAGUCUGUCUUGAUCCUCCUGAAAUUUCCUCUCAGUCGCAGCCUCUCAAGCAUAAGGAUCUCUCUUCUCAACCUCUUGAGGAUCAACCAAAUGCAGUACCCUCAUCAGUUAAUCAUCUAUCACAGCAGGCAUCUUCUGAAGCUCCCGCACUCGCUACUGAAGUGCCUACUGCCCCUCCUCUUCCAAUGGAAGAACAGUCUACUCUUAGCUUCAGAAGACAACCAAGUCCAACAAGCAAAGACAUCCGGAGCAAAGAACUUCUAUCCAGGCAUAAAAGUGCCCCCAUUCCAAAAGAAGAUGCAAACAUCCCCCUUGUAACACCUUCCUUACUCCAGAUGGUGCGCCUCCGCUCAGUAAAUGUUGAAGACCAAGUUAACACACCCUUGCAGGAAGGUAAACCUGAAACAGAGGAUACUCCAGGUCAGGAUCAGGGAAUGUUAAGUCAGGUAACACCACAAAAACCUAUUCGGAAGUCCUGCAUAAAAUCCACGCAGCCAUCAGUGAAGUCAUCCCCAGCUGCGGCUCAAGGUCCUUCCAUGCGCCUUCAAGAGGCUAUACGCAUGAAGACGGCUGCAAUGUCCUCCAGCGGAGUCCCAGCAAGGCUCAGUCUGCGCUUGCCAACGCCAACCACAAACAGCAGCAAUGAUACUGCGCUUGUGCCAUCCCCCAAAUCACCUGAUAGUAGUGACCUGCUAAAAUCCCCUGCUUCCACAGCCAGUUUCAUCUUCUCCAAGAGUACGAAGAAAGUAGUCAUUGAGACGCCUACAUCUCCAGAAGUCCAAGCCUCCCUUAAGCAAAACCUUGCAGCUGAGCUCAUGCAGAUUUCUGAUCAAGCCAAGUCACUAGAAACAAAAAAGCAAGUCAAGGUGCCACCACCUGUUGCUAAGAAACCUGCACAUGCAACCAAUCCGGUUGAAAAGCUUGGGACUGGAUCGGCACUUACGAGUGAAAACUCUUCAAGUAAGCAAAACGUGGGAUUAGAGAACGGACAGAUUCAGACAGUGCAACCUGCUGGCCAGCGAGCACAAUCACCAGGGACAAAGAUGCCAGCAAGUGCAACAGAGACUGCAAGGAUUCUCGAGGUGUCUUAAGGCUUGAGGAGAACUCUUCAAUCAAACAUCCAUUUAUAGUAGAAAUUUAGUGAAUGCACAGCCUAGCCACCACAGACAGUGUAGCUGGUAUAUCUUUAAAGCCUUAGCCUGAACAUGGCCUUUAUAUUUAUGCAAAAAAAAAUGGAGUUGGUUCCAAUUCCUAUGAUACAAUAGCUUUAAUGUAGCUUUUGGGUAUUUUUCUAUACAGUAUAGUUUUUGUCUGUUUUGGCAAAACAUUAAAAAAGUCAACCCGAGUUGUUAGGGUGGCUGUUUAAAGUGGAUUUUGUAAAUUCUCAAGUUUAUUCUAUGACUGCAAAUCUUAAACUGUCCUCUAGUGGUCAUAAGAGGAAGUAGUUACUGCUGAGAUCACAUAUGAGGCAAAAUCAAGCUGCUUUGAUAUUUUCUUCUGGAUAUCAAACUCUCAAAUCUGUCUCUCUUAACACAUACUGUUCAAACAUUUUCAUUUUCAGUGCUCACAAGUACACAGAUUAUCCUCCAGCUAUUAGUGGAGAUGGUUAAUUAUACUAACACAUUUUGAGUGUAUGUACAUAUAUAUAAAUAUAUUUACACAUAAAUCCAAUUUAUUUUGCAAUCAUACUGAGACACUGAGUUUACUCAAUGCAUCUGUAUAAUUAGAAUGCAAAAAUGCUGCGAAUCACGGGAUAUAUUUGCAGUGCUCAAGAGAUGGGAAUUGUAUAUUCAGAGCAUUAAUUUAGUUUUGGGGAAUAAGCACUUUGCAAGCUACGUAUGUAUGCUGCACCACCCACUUCUGAUAUAAUCAGCAAGGCAGUAAAAUUAUAGUCUGUUCUUUUUUUUUUACAUACAGAUGACUGCUUCUUGAUCAAUUUUAUGAAAUACGAACACAGCAUUGACACUGACACUUGACAAGAAUUAUGUAUUGAGACUUUGACUAUUUAUGGAUUUAGAAAGUAUUCAAUUUGUUUUUAUUAUCUAUAAAGAAAUUAGUUUUGGCAAGCUGUCUUUAUUUUUUAAACCUGCUUCAAUAUAAAAUGAUACUUCCUACGUAAAAGUAAUUGCUACCCACAUCUCUUCAAGUCACUGAAAAUGUUCCAAUAUUUGCUAAUGUAUGCAAUGUAUUUUUCUCUAUUCAAGUAAAAACACCAUUUCUUAUUGUAUAAAA